AUGAAUCGUCUGGAUGCAUGUAAAUGUCAAUCUGCGAAUUUUGGCAUUGAUGUUGCAGCUGGUGAACUAAAAAGUCCUGGUUAUCCUACCAAUUACUGUAAUAAUCUAAACUGCAAAUAUGAGAUAGACGCUAUCCCGGAUCAAACAAUUCACUUAUCAAUUGUUUCUCUUGAAACUGAACCACGACAUGAUUUCCUUGAAAUUUAUCAAACGUUCAUCUUUUCGAACACUCAAUACUCUGCCCGUAUUGCUACGCUAUCCGGAAAAGAUAUCGGCUGGCUUUCAUUUGCGUCUUCUGUAAGCAGUGGAUUCACCCUGAAAUUUGUUACUGACAGUACGGAAACAUUUGCUGGAUUUCAUGCUCGCUUUAACAGAAUCAAUACUACUUCAUCAACCAAUUCCUGUCCCACAUUCUUCUACGAGGCAACAGGCGAAGAUAAAACAUUACCUAGUCCACCAACUAAUUUCUCAUACUUUACCGGUUGUGCAUAUAUGCUGAAUGCUAGUGAAGGUUAUGGUAUAAAAUUGAAUCUCAAAUCGCUCGCUUCCAAUGCCAAAUUUACCGUUUAUGAAACAGAAAAUAAUCAAGUUCCAGCAGAUCAUGCUAUUUCUCCACUAUUCGAGAAUAUUGGAUUUAUGGAUUCGAAAACUCCGAAAGAAAUAAUAUCGCGGACAAAUUCCAUAUUGGUACAGAUAACAGUAGUGCAACGAGAUUUGUUUCCGGCUAAAGCACACGACAAAUUCAUAUUUGAAGCUCAAUUCAGUCGCGCCGACAGUCCAUGUAAAUGUUUCCCGCGAAGUCACACAAUUCGAAUUGAUCGUCCGACAAUUCUGUCCUCUCCUGGAUUUCCUCUUGAAUAUUGUGAUAAAUUGGACUGCGAAACAGAACUUCAACUUGACAAAUAUGCUAUCGAUUCUACACAUCAUAAUGCCAUAAUCGUCGAAAUUCACGUAUUUAACCUGGAAUAUGGUUCUGAUUUUGUGCACUUCUUGGAUAGAUCGAAGCAUUCAUCCAGACAUUUGAUAAGCCGCACCGGUGAAUUAUCAAUAAGUAGGAAUAGAUUUUUUACAUUCUGCGGUGAAAGUGCCAUGUUACGAAUGAUUACUGAUUCGACAGUUACAAAUGCUGGCUUUAAUAUGACUAUUAGCGCAAUGCAAAAAAAAGACGAUUGUCGAUGUAAAGGUAAAGCGCAACCACUGGAAUUUUCAUCAUCAAGAGGAACGUUUUCAUUUAAUUCACCGGCAGAUUGUGGCUUUCUAGAUUGUUUCUUUCAAUUUAAUCGUCCUGUUACUGCUUUGGAUACAGAUCGCAUACGACUGGUUAUAAAUAUAACUUAUACUUUCAAAAAUGGAGAGGAGGAAUUUCUUGAGAUAUUGACAAACAUCAAUAAUUACAAUAUCAUUCCUUCACAUCUCAAUGAACGAGACAUUACUAUGUAA